AUUUGGAAGUUAAAAACAAUUGUUUUUCCUUGAACAUAGGUUUACGAUACGGUAUGAUAGUAAAAAGCUUGCAAUUCUCGUUUUUAUUUUUUGGUCUACUUUUUUUAGUCUAUGUAUUCUUAUUUACAAUAGUUCUCAAAAAUUGGUCGUUAACAUUAUUGGAUACCAAAAACAUGACAAACCACCACAUUGUUUACCGGAAAUCUAUUCAAGAAGGUCCUAGUUAUAGAACUGUCAACAAUAGCGAGCCACUUGUCAGAAAUUUGGAGUCUGAGGUCAAGAAUACGGAGCCUUAUUUUAAUAAUAUGGAGUCUGAUGUCAAAAAUAUUGAGCCUGAUGUCAAUAAUAUGGAGCCUGGUGUCAGUAAUAUGUCAAGAAUAAAUAUGAAGGAAUAUGGGGAUAUCAGGAGAACGACUCAGCCCAAUUGGAAUACUGAAAAAAUGAUGUUAGAAGAAAUAAAAAAGUAUUUGACAAUACAAAAUAACAGAAGUAGAGUACAUAUUCCGUGGAUGUUCAAAACGUCUGAACAGAAGAUUCUUUAUAGGAUUUUAACCAAUACUACAUAUAUACCUAAUGAACCUAUUAAAACAAAGCUCAUCAAGAACCAAGCAGUUUUCUCAAAUAAUACAGGUGGAAUUGACAGUUGCUUCCAAUACAAGAAUGACUGCCAGGUGUUACAUUAUUCAAACACAACCCUACCUCUUACAACUCUUACCAGUUUUCCUGGCUCUGGAAAUACAUGGGUUAGACACCUCAUACAGCAACUUACAGGGAUCUACACUGGUUCAGUUUAUUAUGACAAAGGACUUGAAAAACGAGGCUUUCCUGCUGAAGCCUUAGAUGAUCCAACAGAUGGCAGUGUAAUUGCAAUUAAAUGCCAUAAUGCAAGACGUGUGUUUCACAGGAUGAUUGCUCUUAUCAGGGACCCACGCGAUGCUCUAAUAGCUAACUUCAAACGCAUGCAUUCAGCAGGACAUAAAACAGAUCUGAGUAAAGCAAGAUUCUUCCAACCGGCUCUUUUGAAAGAGUUCAGCACCAAGUGUACCAAGGGAGGGAUAGCCUGGUCCAAUCAUAUGUCAGUCAUAUUGCAGAUACUCAGGGAUAAAACUGUUCCUGUCCUGAUAAUACACUACAACAACCUGUUAACCAAUCUGAAGAAAGAAUUGUACAGAUUGGCAGACUUUUUGAAUGUUGAGAUAACUGAGGAUUUACUGGACUGUAUUCAGUGUAACCUUGAAGGCAGUCAUCACAGGAAUGUCACAGAGAGAUUUGAUCCAUACACGAAAAAACAGAGAGAUGUAUUAAACGCAUACAUUGAACGAUUUAACCAUUCUUUGACAGACAUUUGUGGAAUUGAAUGUGCAAUGCCCAGUAGUCCAAUGGAGUAGAAUGUAUUGUUAUCUUGCCAACUGUACAUAUGCUUAGAUUUAACAAUUGUCAAAUAAAAAAUACAAG